UAUCUUAAAAUAUCUAUGAAAUCUAGUGUUUUUUUUUAUUUCAUUAACAAGAUAGUGUUGUGUAAAGCGUUGAAUUGAAAAUUUAUUGAAAUAUUUUCGUUUCAGUGUUGAUAUUUCAUCGAAAUGGCUAAGUCUAAGAACCACACAAACCAUAACCAAAACCGCAAGGCCCAUAGGAAUGGUAUUACCAAACCUACUAAGUUCAGGCACGAAUCUACUCUCGGUAUGGAUCCUAAAUUCUUAAGAAAUCAAAGGUUCUGCAAAAAGGGAAACUUGAAGCCAGCCAAACAAGUAGCACGUGCUGCUGAAAGAAAAGCUAAAAGAGAAGCCAAGUCAAAAAAAUGAAUUAGUUUUUAAGAAAAUAAAAUAUAAAAAUUG